CUAACUUUGGCCAAAUCCAGUGUGUCUCACCCAACCAUGGGCAUGGAGGUGCAAGGGCACCACUCUCACCAUUGAGUGGGCAUCUGGCUCAUUUUAGCAUCGCUACGGGGGGAUCACCACCAAAAAAUCUGGACUGACCUUUGCUAACAGAUUAAAUGACAACAACAUACAGAAUAUCGGCUGCGCUGUUUGGAUGAAACUGAAUUGAUCUCGUAUUCUAACAAAGAAAGGGAACUUAACGGAUUUACACCAAGUUACCUAUUUUUUCACAGAUAAUUUGAAGCUCCAGCAGUUUCAGUCUGAUUCUCAGCACCUCUUUCAGAGAGUUCGCAUUUCGACAACGUUUGAACACUUCUGCAUUUUUUCCACACUCUACUAGUCUUCCUUUUUCUCGGCUUUACACCACAAUACUCUUUCACAAUGGUUGUGGGUAAGAUGAAGUUCACUUUUCAGAAAAGGGCCAAGCUGGCCCAGGGUUUGUGGCUGCUCUCAUGGUUGGCAACUCUGGGUGGAGCGGUUACCUUCACUUUAGGAUGCUUCCUAAAGACUGAGCUUCGAAGGAGGGGAGAGGUAAUGGACAACACAGUCAUCCACUGUGUGCCCAAUACCUUGAUGAUUGUGGGUCUUGCUUCGAUGGGCAUCAAUUACUUUGCCAGUCGAAUCUGCCAGGAUGCCCUAGAUCCUGGGCGUUUUCAACGAUGGAAGACCUUCCUGAAGCCCUAUUUUGGAUGCUCAAUAUUCUUCACCACCCUCAUGCUGAUUUCAGUCAUCUUGAGUUACGCCAUGAAGGGCAGCCUGGAGACCUCCCUGAAAAUCGGCUUGAAGAACGGUAUCCGCUUCUACAAGGACACCGACACUCCAGGCCGCUGCUUCCAGAAGCAGACCAUUGAUCGCCUUCAGAUGGAGUUCCAGUGCUGUGGUAAUAACGACUACAGGGAUUGGUUUGAGGUGCAGUGGAUCAGCAACCGUUACCUGGAUUUCAGCUCUAAGGAAGUUAAGGACCGCAUUAAGAGCAAUGUAGAUGGUCGUUACUUGGUUGACGGUGUGCCCUUCAGUUGCUGUAACCCUAGUUCUCCCAGACCCUGUAUCCAGUACAAAAUCACCAACAACACCGCCCACUACAACUACGACCACCAGACCGAAGAACUCAACAUCUUCAUUCGUGGUUGCAGAGAAGCUCUGGUCAACUAUUACAUGGGGCUGAUGAACACUAUUGGAGCUGCAGUUCUGUCUGUCUUCAGGCUACAGAGCUCAGUGUUGGCCAGUGUGCGCCUCCUGCAGACGUCUAUGGAGGCUGUUGCUGGACAAGAGAAUGUGGAGAUUGAAACCGAGGGCUACUUGCUUGAGAAGGGAGUGAAAGAGACCUUCAUGGGGUACAUGGAUCCUGUGCUGAAGCUCCUGUUGCUGAACCAGGUAACACCUCCUGAAGCCAAACCGGAAGCAGGGGCCACUGGAACAACCACCAGCUAAAGAGUCAGAUUUAUCUGACCACUGAAAUGUUUCCAGUUGGAGGCCAAGAGUGCUGACAACUAAUCAAAUAAUUUACGUUUUGGUAUUUUUAUAUAUCAGUCUUAAUGACCUACAUCUCAAAGAGUUGUAUACUUCAUUAAUACACUAAAAUGGUUGUUUCUAAAAUAAAUUAACAAAUUAUUUAUGGCAAACAUAUGAUAUUGUUAGUCUUGGGGUGAGUAAACGUCUGUUCAUUCCUGUCAGGGGAACUUGGUGCAGCUAUGCCUGGGAAAUGACUAGCAUUAUGCUAACAUUUCCACCAUGAAUGGUUGAAUAUUUGAAUGACUGAGCAGUUUCUUAACAGAAAGUUCUAUUUUAUUUCUUCCCAUUUACAAAAUCAUGUCAUACACCUAAAAGAGGCUGAUUGUGAAAUAUAUUCUAUGUUGUAAUACUAUGCUGCCACAUGGAUGUAUGUAAAUGAUUGGAAUAACAGAAAGAUGCAAAUCAAUACCCUUGU